GCGGAGCUGCGGAAGGCAAAAAAUAAAAGAAAAAAAUAUAGAAAAAGUAGGUCCCGCUGAACAGUUUAAUUCGGCCGCCCGCUUUGUCGUCUCUUUCGUCUCCGUCCACCACCGUCGUUCCUAGGCGUUUGACUCUCAAUCUCUCCCCCCCUCUCUCUCACUCUCUCUUAAAUUUGUACUCUCUCUCUAAGCUGUGAUAUCCUUGAUCUGUCUCUGCUUCUGCUCUCUUAUAACCUUAUUAUUUCACAGAAGUGUCUUCUCAUCCCUCUCUCUUGGUUCAGCAAAACCCAGAACGAGGAAUCCAAAAUUCCUCCGAGUGGGGUACAAUAAACCCAGCACUUCCCACACCAGAGACCGAAAAAAUCCACUGGUCCUUUGAGCAAACCCAUCACGUCCUUUACGCAAACCCAGCAGCUCUGCUCGUACCCUUUUUAUUUCUUCUCACUUUCUAUUAUGUUCGUCAAAGGGGGCGUUUUACUGAGGAUAGUUGCUGGGUUUUGAGCCCUUCUUGCUGGGUUUCUGAAAAUCUUGCUGGGUUUUGAGAGAUACACAGAGAUUGUAGAGCCAUGGCUGGUAGUAAUGAAGUCAACGUCAAUGAAUCCAAGAAAGUUGUCCCUCUCAACACAUGGGUACUAAUCUCCAAUUUCAAGCUGGCUUACAACCUCCUCCGCCGUGCCGACGGAACAUUCAACCGUGUGCUGGCGGAGUUCCUCGACCGAAAAGUCCCCGCCAACACAGUUCCGGUUGACGGGGUUUUCUCGUUUGAUCACGUCGACAGAGCCACCGGCCUCCUCAACCGUGUUUACCAGUUUGCGCCCCAAAACGAGUCUCAGUGGGGUAUUGUGAAUCUUGAGCAGCCCUUGAGCACCACCGAGGUCGUCCCGGUCAUAAUCUUUUUCCACGGCGGAAGCUUCACUCAUUCCUCCGCCAACAGCGCCAUCUACGAUACUUUCUGCCGCCGCCUUGUCAACACUUGCAAGGCGGUUGUAGUCUCCGUUAACUACCGCCGUUCGCCAGAACAUCGGUAUCCUUGUGCUUAUGAGGACGGAUGGGCGGCUCUCAAGUGGGUGAAAUCGAGAAAGUGGCUGCAGAGCGGGAAGGGGAAGGACUUGAAAGUUCAUGUCUACUUAGCUGGAGACAGCUCCGGCGGCAACAUUGCUCACCACGUCGCGGUGAAAGCGGCAGAAGCGGAGGUUGAGGUGAUCGGAAACAUCCUUCUCCACCCGAUGUUUGCAGGGCAAAAGAGAACGGAAUCAGAGAAGAGAUUGGACGGGAAGUACUUCGUAACGAUACAAGACCGCGACUGGUACUGGCGGGCAUUUCUCCCCGAAGGCGAAGAUAGAGAUCAUCCGGCGUGUCACGUUUUCGGCCCGAGGGACAAGAGCCUCGAGGGCUUGAAAUUUCCCAAGAGUCUCGUUGUUGUGGCUGGCUUCGAUCUUAUGCAAGAUUGGCAAUUGGCCUAUGUGCAAGGGCUUAAAAAUGCAGGGCAGGACGUGAAGCUUCUCUUCUUAAAGCAGGCGACGAUCGGGUUCUACUUCUUGCCGAACAACGAGCAUUUCUACUGCCUCAUGGAGGAGAUGAAGAGCUUCGUGAAUCCUGACUGUUAAUACAUUGAUUCCACUUAACUUUACCCGCAAGGCAGCCAUUGAUAUAUAGCAAAAAAGCUUGUCAUUUUUACUCGGGUGCCCUAUCGUGUGUACCUGUAAGAUUGUCUGGUAUUUACUUACUUUGUUUACCAUUUGUUGUUGUAAUAUGAGGGUUCUGUUCUGCUACCUCGGAACCGUAUGUUCGGGUUCUUGUUUCGGCGGCUGGGAAGGAUUGGAACUCGGUUAUUGGAUUCGGCAUAGCCACCGGAUGUAAGAGCUUACUUCCGGCCAUGAUUGACAGUAAGCGUCGGAGAAGAACUUGCCACGGGGAUGCUACUCUGUCGGUAUCCCAAAUACAUGUGGCAGUGCGUGAUGACUUGGGAUGCCGCCAGAGUGGCAUUCCCGGUGUAGGCAAGUUCCUCUCGAAGCGUUUAGGGUAAUUGCUUUGGUGGUUAAUUAAUAUAUUGUUUGGUGUAUGGAUUUUAUUGUAAGCAUUACUAAUUUGAAAAACAUGAAACUGUGGAACGGAAUGCUUCUUGUCUAUGAACAUAAAAUGUUAACUUAA